CUGGGCCUUGGCGUCACGUUUUUCAAAAAUAAUUGUCAGCUUUGACUGCGUCGAGCGGGGUUGCUUUGAAGUGCAUGACCUUGCUUUGAAGCUAAAGUGGUCUUCCGCAGUGCCUGUGGCGCCGCUUGGUGAUACGUUCGAUGAAAGAGAAUCAACUGCCGGCAUGAAAUGAAGCGCCACGUACUGCUUUUGAGAAUGGAGAGAAUGGACGAUGUAUCCGAAACGCCAAACCACGAAUAUAUGAGAAGAUGACCCAUGUCUCUUGAACAUGGAUUCCACCUGUGUCAUCGAAAUAAGUGAUGAUGAAGACGAAGAGGUCGUGGUAGCUGAGCAGGCGCCGAGUGCUGCACCGCAGGCACGCGGUUGUGAACGUGACGCCGGGGACGAUGACGUGGAAGAGGCGGAGCGCGGCGGCGGUCAUGAAGGUGACCACGUUGACAGCGAUGGAUCUGUGCACCUCAGUGACAUGGAUGAUGAAGAAGAUAGUAUAUUUGUAAAAACGCUUCGACGCUAUGAAGAGCUGAAGCAGGAGGCGACGGAACGGCUGGCGCGCGCGGAGCGGCAGCCGGCGGCCGGCAGCCCCGAGCCCGGCGCGGGCCGGCCGACCAAACGGCCCGCGGAGGACGGCCCCAGGCGCGGCAAGCGACGCCGCGGCCGCGGCACCGGAGAGCUGGACCCGAGUCCGGAGGAGCUAUCGCCGAAGCCGGACCGCUGGGUGGAUGACCUGCUCAGUCAGCUGUCCCAGGAGGACGUCGCCGAGGCGCAGCCGGAGCCGGCCCCGGCCGCCGUCGAGCCGGAGUUCACGGCGCGCGUCCAGGCCGGACCGCUGCUGAUCCGGCUCAGGAUGCGACGGUCGGAGGAGCUGCGGCGUCUGUUCGAGGCGGUGGCUGAGCAGCUGUCGCUGCCCGUCGGACGCGUCUACCUCGGCCAGCGGGACGUGGUGUACCGGCCGCAUCAGACACCUGACGACGUCCGGCUGGGCGCAUUCGACGUCAUCGACUUCUGGGAGGGCUCUGGCGCGGCGCCGGACGCCGCGGCGGACGGUCCGCCCGGGCCGAACUCGGUGGAGCUGAAGUUGCAGUCGGCCGACCGUCGCUCGACGCUGCUGCUGCGGCUGGCCCGCACCGAGACGAUGGCGUCGCUGAUGGCGCGGUACGCCGCCCAGCGGGGCAGGCCCCUCGACCGGCUCAGGUUCCGGUUCGACGGCGAGACGCUCAACCCGGCCGACACGGCCGACUCGCUGGAGCUGGAGGGCGGGGAGUGUGUGGACGUGCACGAGUGCUGAGCGGCGGCGGCUGCGGCUCCGCUCCGCGUGCGACCGCAGCGCCACCUGGCAACGCCCGCGGCCGCCGAAUCGCCGUCCUGCUCCACGCCGUCAGCAGUGGCGUCGUCUUCCGUCACCGUCAUCAGCGGCACCAUCAUCCAAUACAGAUGCGGGAAGACUUGUCGCAUCAGUGGCCUGUCCACACCC